AUUCCCUUCCUCCCGCUCCAAGGCUCGACUCGCCCUCGGCGGGCGGCUCCAGGAACCUAAAGCGGAUGCUGGUCGAGCCCCUGCCACGUCGCUACCCGCAGCUCUGCGUCUGCGCGCUGCCCGGGCGAUGCCUGCGCGUGAGCGGCGCGGGCGCGGCCCAAUGGGAGAGCCGCGGCGGCGCGCGUGGCCGGGGGGCGGGGCGGCAGUUGAGAGCCGAGCGGCGAGUCCGGCAGUCUUGUCUGAGCUGUCGCAUCCCGGAGUCCAUCUCCUCCUCGCCACCCCGGCCCGAGCUCAUCCUCGCUUCCGAAGCUCUCGCGCGCCCGACAGCUCGGCGCUCGCCCGUGACCAGCAUCAUGUGCGGUAUAUUUGCUUAUUUAAAUUACCAUGUUCCUCGAACAAGAAGAGAAAUCUUGGAGACACUCAUCAAAGGCCUUCAGCGACUGGAGUACAGAGGAUACGACUCUGCUGGUGUGGGCCUUGAUGGAGGCAAUGACAAAGACUGGGAAGCCAAUGCCUGCAAAAUCCAGCUCAUUAAGAAGAAAGGGAAAGUUAAGGCACUGGAUGAAGAAGUUCACAAACAACAAGAUAUGGACUUGGAUAUAGAAUUUGAUGUGCAUCUUGGAAUAGCUCAUACCCGUUGGGCGACACAUGGAGAACCCAGUCCUGUCAAUAGUCACCCCCAGCGCUCUGAUAAAAAUAAUGAAUUCAUUGUUAUUCAUAAUGGAAUCAUCACCAACUACAAAGACUUGAAAAAGUUUCUGGAAAGCAAAGGCUAUGACUUUGAGUCUGAAACAGACACAGAAACCAUUGCAAAGCUUGUCAAGUACAUGUAUGACAACUGGGAGAGUCAAGACGUCAGUUUUACGACCUUGGUGGAGAGAGUUAUCCAACAAUUGGAAGGCGCCUUUGCUCUCGUGUUUAAAAGUGUCCAUUUUCCCGGGCAAGCAGUUGGCACAAGGCGAGGUAGCCCACUCUUGAUUGGUGUGCGGAGUGAACAUAAGCUUUCUACAGAUCACAUUCCGAUUCUGUACAGAACAGGCAAAGACAAGAAAGGAAGCUGCGGUCUUUCCCGUGUGGACAGCACGACGUGCCUUUUCCCUGUUGAGGAAAAGGCAGUUGAAUAUUACUUUGCUUCUGAUGCAAGUGCCGUGAUAGAGCACACCAAUCGUGUUAUUUUUCUGGAAGAUGAUGACGUUGCAGCAGUGGUGGAUGGCCGUCUCUCUAUCCACCGAAUUAAACGAACUGCAGGAGACCAUCCUGGCCGAGCUGUGCAAACUCUCCAGAUGGAACUCCAGCAGAUCAUGAAGGGCAACUUUAGUUCAUUUAUGCAGAAGGAAAUUUUUGAGCAGCCAGAAUCCGUUGUGAACACAAUGAGAGGAAGAGUCAAUUUUGACGACUAUACUGUGAAUUUGGGAGGUUUGAAAGAUCACAUUAAGGAGAUCCAGCGGUGUCGGCGGUUGAUUCUUAUUGCUUGUGGCACAAGUUACCACGCUGGUAUGGCAACCCGUCAGGUGCUGGAGGAGCUGACCGAGUUGCCAGUGAUGGUGGAGCUUGCCAGCGACUUCUUGGAUAGAAACACUCCAGUCUUUCGAGAUGAUGUUUGCUUUUUCAUUAGUCAAUCAGGUGAGACAGCUGACACCCUGAUGGGUCUUCGCUAUUGUAAGGAGAGAGGAGCCUUGACUGUGGGGAUCACAAAUACAGUCGGCAGUUCUAUAUCAAGGGAGACAGAUUGCGGGGUUCAUAUAAAUGCUGGUCCUGAGAUUGGUGUGGCCAGUACAAAGGCUUAUACCAGCCAGUUUGUGUCCCUUGUGAUGUUUGCCCUCAUGAUGUGUGAUGACAGGAUCUCCAUGCAAGAGAGACGCAAAGAGAUCAUGCUUGGACUGAAGCGCCUGCCGGACUUGAUUAAGGAAGUGCUGAGCAUGGAUGAUGAAAUCCAGAAGCUGGCAACAGAGCUCUACCACCAGAAGUCGGUCCUGAUAAUGGGACGGGGCUACCAUUAUGCUACAUGCCUUGAAGGAGCCCUGAAAAUCAAGGAGAUUACUUAUAUGCACUCGGAAGGCAUCCUUGCUGGCGAGUUAAAACACGGCCCUCUGGCCUUGGUGGACAAGUUGAUGCCUGUCAUCAUGAUCAUCAUGAGAGACCACACUUAUGCCAAGUGCCAGAACGCUCUUCAGCAAGUAGUUGCCCGGCAGGGUCGACCUGUUGUGAUCUGUGAUAAGGAAGACACUGAGACCAUUAAGAAUACAAAAAGGACAAUCAAGGUGCCCCACUCAGUGGACUGCCUGCAGGGCAUUCUCAGUGUGAUCCCCCUACAGCUGCUGGCUUUCCACCUGGCUGUGCUGAGAGGCUAUGAUGUUGAUUUCCCACGGAAUCUUGCCAAAUCUGUAACAGUAGAGUAAAAGACACCUGAAACUUAAGACAGUUAAGCAACAUAAGAUACUUUUUGUAUUUAAAUUUUUGAUUUAAACUAUUGCCUCCUGAAAGCCUUUUUUAGUAAAUCUUAUUUAUAUAUCAGUUAUAAUUAUCCCACUCAACUAAUGAUUUUUGUGCAAUUGCCUCAUUUUCAAUAAUACAUGGGGGAGUUUGAUUCAUAGAAUAUAAAUCUAAACCUAAAAUCAGAGAGAUCUUAGCUGUAUAGUUUGUUUAAUGAACUGGACUGGACAAUGGAUUUCUGGGUCCUCCACUUCAAUCAAGGAGGCUUGUUGAGUGUUUGAGUGUUUGGUGUUUGCUGUAGCAUAACUUUAUUCGGUCACACUAAGGGAAGACCAAUGCAUUUAAUUGGAAUACUCAAAGUCAGUGUGUGCCAGUGCCUGGACAGCCACUGAAGGCUUUGCUACACUAUUUAUAAAUAGAAGAUGCUGCAAUUUAUUUUGAACCUUGUUUCUAUUUUGUUUUUAAGUCAAACUGUUCACCAAAAAACUUGGUGAGAUUUAUAUCUUAGUGUAGUUAAAUUAGUUCAAACGUGUCUGUCGUCUCUGUAGACAGUACAUUUGAGUCCUCCACACCUGCAUAGAAGACCUGGCAGAGUUGUGCAGAUUUGUCGUGUUAGACACUGACAUGUGGCUGGACAUUUGAAGAUAGGACACAGGAUCCUACCCCUUAUUUCUUCAUCUCUUAAGAGAAGUUUGCAUUUUCUUGCAACUGUAGAGCUUAGCUGAAAAACCAAUGCUGUUUGUUGAAUAACAUACGUUGUAGUUGCCUUUGAAAUGAUAGCAUAGCAUAGAGCUGCUGUCAGGCAUCUCAGAUUGGUCCCAGCAUGCUCAGUCCUCUCUUCAGCCUUGUCCCAAGAAGAGUCUCCUGCAGUUACGCUUGACUUCUUUCCCUGCCUUGUUGCAGAAAGCAUCCAUCCCUUGGUGCUAGUUUGGAAGUUCUUUUUUAUUGCUUGGGAGAUCUGCACACGUUGCUGCCCAUUUGACCCUCAGUGUAUGUGGUAGGCUCAGCUUAGAACGGCACAUACUUGGCACUGUGGAGUGACAUCAGUUUCAGGGUUGCUUUCUCUAUAUUUUCCUUUGGACUGUCUUGACUCCUGUUCAGGAAUGAAUGCAGUAUAUAUAGAUAAGUGAUAGUGUCAUGCUUUCAGCUGAUAGUGUCAGAAAUGCAAGUCAGCAAUUUGAAUAAAAUAUUUAAAAUAGAACAUUAGUGUGACACCCCAAAAGUGUGCAGUCAUUUCUUCACAGAGCUCUUUGGGUCAGAGUGUGUGUGCAGUGGGAAGGUGUGUUUAUGUUCAGGUUAGGUCCGUUUUUUUCAAAAGCUUUCACCUGUGCACUGUAAAAGUGCAGUGCUUAGUGGAGUUGGCAGCUCAUGCUUUGUGUUUGAACUUGAUGGUAAGCAGUUAAUGCUUGUAAGGUGGGUUGAAGAAAGACUUGAUGCCACUUUAGGCAUUUUAGAAGGCUUCACUCACACUGAUGGAGACUGGAAGCCUGAUUUUUAAAAACAUAAGACAGGGCCACAGUUCAUACUCCAUAUCCCUGCUUUGGUUACUUUUCUCUAUUGUAUUUAUCCCUAAGAUUUCAUGUUAGUGUAGCAUGUGUGUAAGGUUAUUUCUUAUGUCUGAUGUAGAAGCACAGCUGCUCGUGUUUGGGUGUGGCUUUUGUUUGGUUUGUUGCAUUUCCUGUGUUGUUCUGGAACACAGGGUGAUGUUGGUAUGUUGAGACACUGUGAAAUUGGGAGACGAUCAGCUCAGUGCUCCUUGGUUGCUGUCAGCUCAGUUACUAACCUAGGGUCCUAUUGGUGCAGUUUUGAAUUCUACAGUUCAGUCCUGCUAACCACCCUCAGUGCAGCAGAACGUCACAACUCUUUUUGUCUUCUAUCACGUUGAACCCACUCACCAGUGUCCCUUCCUUAUGCACUCCAAGCUAGAAUAAAUACUAAACCAAUCAGAAGCCCAAAUGAGGACUAGAGUAGUACUGUCUAAACAAAUAUUAUUCUUUGCCAUAUCCCAUUUCCACCUAAAUUCUUUUAUUAGUUCUUAAUACCCAGAUGUUUUAGCAAGGCAAGGCACUAGGUGAGUAGGUCUCGCUAAUUUGGUAUAAUACAGGACAUAGAAAUCUAAUUUUUCAAAAUAAAAAUACCCUGUAAAAGGGAGGCUUUCUAUUAAAAUUCUUUUCCCCAGCCCCCUUUAGUUUUUCAAGAGAGGAUUUCUCUAUGCAGAUGACCUUGAGCUCACUCUGUAGAUUAGGCUGGCCUAGAACUCGCAGAUAUCUGCCUACCUCUGCCUCCAGAGUGCUGGCAUCAAAGGCAUGCACCACCACCACCUGGCUAAAAUUCUUUCUUUCUAAAAAGUAACUAUUUUAUUUGUUUACAUUUCAAAUGCCCUCCUUCCUGGUCUCCCCUCCCCUUUGCCUAUAAGAGGGUGCUCCCCCACCCCUACCUCACCCUUCUAGCAUCUCCCUUCUCUGGGGCAUCAAGUUGCCACAUCUUAUAGUGUGUUUAAAGUUUAAGUUCACACAUACAUCCUUACCAGGGAGUCCUUGCUAGGCAGGGAGGACUGUGAGGCACCUAACACAUGGCUCAGUUGAUGGUUGUUACUCUGAAAUCAGCUUUAAAAAAGAAAAUCAAUUUAUGCCAUAAGAGUAGAAAUAGAAAGUGAGCUGCUCACUCUUAGCCUGUGACUGGCUGGGUGGCUGUGUAUGAGCAGGCUGCUGUGCCGGGCAGUGGACCCUCAGAGCAGUUCUGACUGUCCCUGGUGGAUCUGGUCCUUGUGAGGCUCGGGUGGGAGGGUGGAAAGACAGAGCUGGGCCGAGGUAUUAUUAAACGCUGGGGAUGGGUUUGUUUAAUAUGUUCAUAAGCAGUUGCCCCAGCCUGUCCAAGAAACGGGUCUACGGUACUAUAAAGAAUAGCAGUUAAUAAUAUGACAAGCAGUUGUGUGUCCCUGCUCCUCAGAGGGAUGCCACAGGGUACUGUGCAGAAGGCUGAUAGUUCAGAACACUAACAUCAGCUUUUCUAGAGCGGGUUGUUUCUAAGGUGACAAGUCAUAUCCCUUUCAGUCCAGGCCUCUUGCCUCAGUGGUUCUGAAGAUGAGAGGAAAGAAGCCUGGACGUGGCCCCUUGUAGAGGGAAACUAACACAGGUUCACAACACACCUUCAGUCUUUGGGGUUACUCUUUUAUCUUUUAUAAUUAGGAUAUUCUAGAGCAAUAAAAGGCACUAGGGUUAUCUGCUUAUUAUAUACUUUAACUGGUAUGAUUUUUCUAAAAAAACAAAAAACUAAAGCACAAUGUCAUUUGGAAAAUGUUUGUUAAAAAAAGAAUUCAUAAUUCACAAUUUGGGAAGGCAAAGACAUUUUGAUUUAUGACAUCCACACAUUCAGUGAGUUGUGUGUACAGUAAUACUAGGCAGAGUCUUAAGCUUGCAGACGGAUUUCACAUGGCUUUUAUUUAGUUUCACAUUCAAAAGUUUUAACAUAAGUUGGUCUUUCUCACUCUAAAGAUUGUUCAUAAGUAUUUCAGUAUCUUCAUAGCUUGAAUUUAAGCGUAUCCUCAGAUCUGGGAUGGUGACGGAUAAUGGAACUGACAGCAUUGGCUUUGAAUAGAAAUAUCCAUAGUUUUAAGCAAGCCUGCUAGUUUUUGUUGUGUUAACUGUAAGUCUGUAUUUGCUUGAUAGUGAUGUUCUCAAGGCUGAUGAUGGCAUCAUAGGACGAGUCACCUUAUCUUGUUUCUGUACUAGUUUCCAGAGGGUGUAGAAAUGGUCUUGCUAACUUUUGAAUGUUCUCUGGUUGAAUGUGUUUUUCCAUUAAUAACGUUUUGAUAUUUGUUUAAAUUAUACUUCUGUGGGACUGGGGGUUAGAAUAAUCAUUGCUCUGUUUUGAUUUUGUAUUUUUUAAAUGAAUGUUUAGUUUUCUGAGCCAGAUGGUUAUUUCAUCCUUGUGUCCUGUUCAAUCCAGUGAACUACACCGGAACUGUGAAUAAAUUACCCAAAACCUU